AUGUUGGGCAAGCAGUCGAUGCUAAAUGUUGUUCUCACCGCUGUGCUCGUACCUUUCCUGUAUCCACAUUGCUUACGCCUGUAUAAUCAUGGAGCUCUGGAUCUCGACCACUGGUGGUGGCGCAAGAAUGGCUCGUACACAGUUCGGAUGGUGAUGGCGGUUCCUCCAGUCAUACACCUAGAAAACUUCGUAACACCAUUAGAGCGCCAAUAUCUUCUUCGACUAGCGGAGCCUUUGUUUGAGCGGUCAUAUGUCAUGCUGGACAACGGGAGCGCUCUUCUUGACAACGCCCGCAUCAGCUCCUCAGCGUAUCUGCCAUUGGGUGACCCCAUUGUCAGACGCAUCGCGCAGCGUGCAGCAGAGUUCCAGGGCUAUAUGGACGCCGAUAGGGUGGACGUCCAAGCUACAGCAUAUGCCGAAGGCGGCCACUUCAAGCCCCAUUAUGACACCAGCCCAGACGAUGCGAAUGGAAGGCAACGCAAAUCCACCAUCUUUGUUAUUCUCGAUGCAAAAUGCGAGAAGUGCGGGACCAUUUUCCCCAAUAUCAAGGCAGAUUGGUCCGGAUUCAGCAAGGAGUGGUGCAAGCACUUGGAGUGCGACGAAUCUGUACUCGCCACUCGCGCCGUUCCUGGCAGUGCACUAUUUUGGGAGAACCUCGAUUCAGCGGGAAAUGUCCUCGAUACGAGUCUGCACGGGGGCCGUCCUGUGAUUAGCGGACAUAAAGUCGGUCUAAAUGUAUGGACGAUGGUACACAGGGACGAAUAUGCAUAA